GAAAUCAUAAAACAAAUGUCCGGUUACUUCGUUGUUUGUGUUGCGACUGAUGGCUGGCAGUCUGCUUUCAGUGCUUUCCCACUAUCGACUUCGGUACGCGCUCGUGCUGAAGUAAGCAUCAUGGCAUUGGAUUCGAAGAACUUACCGGUCGAGGUCAAAGACUUGUACGUACCGCCUAUACAAGAUGUAGCAGAAGUUUUGAAUAAAAGCUUACGUUCAAAUUUUGAGGAAGUCAAUGUCGAGGUCGUGGACUGUCCAGAUUUGACUCAACAACCUUUUACAUUGGCCAGUGGUGGAUUGGGAGGAAAUCCAAAAAUAAUUGAACUCGGAGGCAACCCAUACCUUCUGCCAGUGGUACAUCGUGAAAAACUGUACGAUCUGAAGGGAAUUGCAAAGUUGGUAGAGUCCGAUCCUGCUUUCAUUAUUGGAGCUGGUGCAGGUCCGAAUCCUUAUAUUGGAGUUAAUUGUGAGGGAAUCUAUAACCUAAAAAUAUCAAAUGGAAGCGUCAACCAACAAUCAAGAAUUUCCAAAGUUGACAAAAAUGAUGAUAAAUCUGAACAAGAAACACUUCCCAAUACAGAAACGAGAUUAGCUCUUCUCGGAAAUUUGUUGGUAUCCGAAGGAAAACCAGGAAAGGUAAUUAAAGUUCACGCAAAGAAACGAAUUGGAGAUGAUAACUUCAUAACGAGUAUCAGAAAGGCUGUGGAAAAUGCUUACAAGAAUGAAUUGGUUGGGCUUGGAUUUGAGAGUUCAACAUUUUCAUAGUUUCAGUCAUCACGGUGAAGCUGGACAUUACCAUUAUGACACGACGCCAGAGAGUGCUGAAUAUUUAGGAUAUUUUACACUGGGAGAAAAAAUAUAUCGAAUUGACAGACCUCUCAAUACCCACACGUGGGGAAGAGAUUGAUAAAAAAUGUGACGUUAUCAGUAUAUUUUGAUUUCAUUAUUAAAUUGUUCAUUGUUCAAGAA